AGCCGGCGGGGGCGGUGGCGGUUUCAUGGCAGCUGCGGUGCCCGGCGCCCCCGCCCCUCUUCAUGUGGUGACCGGGGGAGAGAAGGCCGGGCCCGCGGGGUUCGGUCCCCCGCCCCCCUGAGGAGGAGGCUGGGGAGCCACUAUGGCAGCGCCGCACAGAUGAAACUCUGACUUUCCUGAAGGGUGUUCCUGUGGAUUUUGCGAAUGAACAUCCCUGAUACCCUCAGCCUUCCUGAGAUGGCAAGUCCGGCAGUCAGCCCAGACUCUUCCUCCCACGAGGCUCUUUCUUCUGUCAACUCUGCGCCCGCGUGCUCCCCCACCUCAGAUUCAGAGAACCUAAGCCCAGAUGAGCUGGAGCUGUUGGCAAAGCUGGAGGAGCAGAACAGGCUGCUGGAAGCAGAUUCCAAGUCCAUGCGCUCCAUGAAUGGCUCCCGCAGGAACAGCGGUUCCUCCUUAGUCUCCAGCUCCUCAGCCUCCUCAAACCUGAGCCACCUCGAAGAGGACACCUGGAUCCUAUGGGGGAGGAUUGUCAACGAAUGGGACGAAUGGCGGAAGAAGAAAGAGAAACUGCUGAAGGAGCUCAUACGGAAAGGAAUCCCACACCACUUCCGAGCCAUCGUAUGGCAGCUGCUGUGCAGUGCCACAGAUAUGCCUGUCAAGAACCAGUAUUCAGAGCUGCUGAAGAUGUCUUCCCCCUGCGAGAAGUUGAUCCGGAGGGAUAUAGCCCGCACAUAUCCUGAGCAUGAGUUCUUCAAGGGACAGGACAGCCUAGGCCAAGAGGUCCUUUUCAAUGUCAUGAAGGCCUAUUCCCUAGUGGACCGUGAGGUUGGAUAUUGUCAGGGCAGCGCAUUCAUCGUGGGAUUGCUGCUAAUGCAGAUGCCUGAAGAAGAGGCUUUCUGUGUAUUUGUGCGACUGAUGCAGGAAUAUCGAUUACGAGAGCUAUUCAAACCCAGCAUGGCUGAGCUGGGCCUCUGCAUCUACCAGUUUGAGUACAUGCUGCAGGAGCAGCUGCCUGAGCUGAACAUCCACUUUCGCUCCCAGAGUUUCCUCACCUCCAUGUACUCAUCAUCCUGGUUUCUCACCCUCUUCCUCACGACCUUCCCUUUGCCUGUUGCCACCCGAGUGUUUGACAUCUUCAUGUAUGAGGGGCUGGAGAUCGUCUUCCGUGUGGGGAUGGCCCUCCUGCAGUUCAACCAGGCAGAGCUGAUGCAGCUGGAUAUGGAGGGGAUGUCUCAGUAUUUCCAGAAAGUGAUUCCUCAUCAGUUCGACAGUUGCCCGGACAAGUUGAUCCUGAAGGCAUAUCAGGUCAAAUACAACCCUAAGAAAAUGAAGAGGCUGGAGAAGGAGUAUGCUGCAAUCAAAAACAAAGAGAUGGAGGAGCAGAUUGAGAUCAAAAGGCUCCGGACUGAGAACCGCCUCUUGAAACAGCGGAUUGAGACCCUGGAGAAGGAGAGCGCUGCCUUGGCAGAUAGACUGAUCCAGGGCCAAGUCACCCGCGCACAGGAGGCCGAAGAGAAUUACAUCAUCAAGCGAGAGUUGGCAGUGGUGAAGCAGCAGUGCAGCUCAGCCACGGAGAACCUGCAGAAGGCCCAGAGCACCAUCCGGCAGCUGCAGGACCAACAGGGAAACCCCCGGUUCACAGAGGAGUUUGUGAAUCACCUGGAAACAGAGCUGGAGCAGUCACGUCUGAGGGAGACAGAGACACUGGGCGCACUCAAGGAGAUGCAGGACAAAGUGCUGGACAUGGAAAAGAAGAACAGCUCGCUGCCCGAUGAGAACAACGUGGCCCGUUUGCAGGAGGAGCUCAAGGCAUUGAAGGUACGCGAGGUGGCGGCGCUGAGCUCACUCAAGGACCUACAGCUGCAGGUGAAGGAUCUCAACGACAGCUGGCAGGCUCAUCUGUCACGGACAGGCGGGCGCUGGAAGGAGUCCCCCCGCAAGAACACCAUGAACGACCUCCAGGACGAGCUGAUGACCAUUCGCCUGCGGGAGGCCCAGGCCCAGGCCGACCUCCGUGAGCUGCGGCAGAGGCUGGUGGAGCUUGAAACCCAGGAUCAGAUUCACAGUAAUCUGCUGAACCGGACGGAGCAGGAGUGCCUAGGGCUGCAGGAGAAGCUGCAAUACCUCACUGCCCAGAACAAAGGGCUGCAGACGCAGCUGAGCGAGACCAAGCGCAAGCAUGCGGAGUCCGAGUGCAAGAGCAAAGAGGAGGUGAUGGCCGUGCGGCUGCGGGAGGCCGACAGCAUGGCAGCUGUGGCAGAGAUGCGGCAGCGGAUCGCUGAGCUAGAGAUCCAGUCUCCUUUGGACCAAGCUUGGUUCUCUCCCCACUUCCCACAGAGGGAAGAAGGGAUGAUCCAGGGCCAGCUGAACAACUCUGACUCCUCCCAGUACAUCCGGGAGCUCAAGGACCAGAUUGAUGAGCUCAAGGCUGAGCACAGAGCUUUGGAAGGACCAGGGAAAUGCAGUGCCCCCAGCUGAGACCUGUCCUUGCAAGCGCCCUCUCUGCUGGUGACUUCUGGCUGCUGAUCCCUAUCUGUAAGACAUGGGCAUAGUUUGGGAAGGGCAUGGGGGGCGUGGCCCCCCCAAACUGCAAGCCUCUGGCAGGGGCAGAAUUUGGCCCCCACGUGCAGUCCCGUUGGCCUGGCUGGAACUGCCCUCCCAAAUAUAGAAGUCAAGCUAUGCCUAUGUUGUAAAAGCUAGGACGGCACAGUGGUUAGGAACUAGGGGGACCUGUGUUCAAUUUCCUGCUCUGCCACAGACUCUCUGGAUGACUUUGGGUAAGUUGCUUAGUCACUCUGUGCCUCAGUUUCCUUGUCUGUACAGUGGGGAUGAUAACCCUGCCCCGCCUCACAGUGGUGGUGUUAGGAUAAGUGCAUUAAAGUGCAUGAGGUGCUCAGAUACUACAGUGCUGGGGCCAUAGAAUAAGCAAUAUACCCAUCCCACGUCCCCAAUUCUGUGUAGCAGAGCUAGUAGCUGGCAGCUGUUUGUUCACCUCGGCAGCCUCUACAGGUGGCUGGACACAUCUCCUUCCCCAUGAAGAGCCUUUGGCUUCGUGAGAAAGGGAGGUGGGGGGCCACAGUGAGGCUGUCGCUGCUGCAGUGGAUGGGGCAGAGCAUUCACUGGAUUGCCCUGAUAGAGGGCGAGGUGGACAUGUCAUCGCGCAGAUGGUGGGGUUUGAAGGUCCUUGGCUCUGGGCUGUGGAGAGCGAUCAGAAUCCAGAGGGGCAGGGAGAAGAAUCAUAGAAUUGUAGAAUAUUAGGAUUGAAAGAGACCUCAGGAAGUCAUCUAGUCCAACCCCCUGCUCAAAGCCAGACCAACCCCAACUAAAUCAUCCCAGACGAGGCUUUAUCAAGCCAGGCCUUAAAAACUUCUAAGGAUGCAAAUUCCACCACCUCUCUAGGGAACCCAUUCCAAUGCUUCACCACCCACCUACUGAAAUAGUGUUUCCUAAUAUCCAACCUAGACCUCCCCCACUGCAUUUUGAGACCAUUGCUCCUUGUUCUGUCAUCUGCCACCACUGAGAACAGCCGAGUUCCAUCCUCCUUGGAACCCCGCUUCAGGUAGCUGAAGGCUGCUAUCAAAUCCCCCUUCACUCUUCUCUUCUGCAGACUAAAUAACCCCAGUUCCUUCAGCCUAAGUCAUGUGCCCCAGCCCCCUAAUCAUUUUCAUUGCCCUCCGCUGAACUCUCUCCAAUUUGUCCACAUCCCUUCUGUAGUGGGGGACCAAAACUGGACACAGUACUCCAGGUGUGGCCUCACCGGUGCUGAAUAGAGGGGAAUAAUCCCUUCCCUCAGUCUGCUGGCAAUGCCCCUACUUAUACAGCCCAAUAUGCCAUUGGCCUUCUUGGCAGCAAGGGCACAUUUCUGACUCAUAUCCACUUCUCAUCCACUGUAACCCCCAAGUCCUUUUCUGCAGAGCUGCUUCUUAGUCAGUCGUUCCCCAGCCUGUAGCAGUGCAUGGGAUUCUUCCUUCCUAAGUGCAGGACUCUGCACUUGUCCUUGUUGAACCUCGUCAGAUUUCUUUUGGCCCAAUCCUCCAAUUUCUCUAGGUCACUCUGUAUCCUAUCCCUACCCUCCAGCGUAUCUACCUCUCCCCCCAGCUUAGUGUCAUCUGCGAACUUGCUGAGGGUGCAAUCCAUCCCAUCAUCCAGAUCAUUAAUAAAGAUGUUGAACAAAACCGGCCCCAGGACCGACCCCUGGAGCACUCUGCUUGAUACCGGCUGCCAACUAGACAUUGAGCCAUUGAUCACUACCCAUUGAGUCCAACAAUCAAGCCAGUUUUCUGUCCACUUUAUAGUCCAUUCAUCCAAUCCGUACUUCUUUAACUUGCUGGCAAGAAUACUGUGGGAGACCGUAUCAAAAGCUUUGCUAAAGUCAAGAUAUAUCACAUCCACCACUUUCCCCAUAUCCACAGAGCCAGUUAUCUCAUCAUAGAAGGUAAGGAGGUUGAUCAGGCAUGAUCAACCCUUGGUGAAUCCAUGUUGACUGUUCCUGAUCACCUUCCUCUCCUCCAUGUGCUUCAAAAUGGAUUCCUUGAGGACUUGCUCCAUGAUUUUGCCAGGGAUUGAAGUGAAGCUGUAGUUCCCCUUUCUUCCCUUUGUUAAAUAUGGGCACUAUAUUUGCCUUUUUCCAAUCAUCCGGGACCUCCCCCGAUCGCCACGAAUAUUCAGAGAUAAUGGCCAAUGGCUCUGCAAUCACAUCAGCCAGCUCCCUCAGCACCCCUGGAUGCAUUAGAUCUGGACCCAGGGACUUGUGCAUGUCCAGCUUUUCUAAAUACAG